AGCUCAGUCAGUCAGCAGCAGGACGACAUGGAGGUCACAGCUCUCUGCUUCAGACUGAUAAUAAAUACACUGAUGCUUCUGGCUGUAGAGGAUCAGCACGGUCACUGUGCUGAGAGGAAUGAUGCAGCUUCUCUUCGUAUCGUUCCAAACACACUGCAGCUCUUUGAAUAUGAGUCUCUCUUCUUUGACUGUGAGGGAUUUGAUCGUUUCACUGAGUGGAGAGUGAUGAAGAGGAUCAUGGGAACUGUAACAACAUGUGGUCUUGUCUGGGAGACGUCAAAUGGACCCUGCAGGAUUAAUCAUGCCUUUUCAACAGACAGUGGAGAAUACUGGUGUGAAGCUGGAGGAAUCAGAAGAAGCAGCUCUGUCAACAUCAGUGUCAGCACUGGUUCUGUGAUCCUGGAGAGUCCUGCUGUACCUGUGGUGGAGGGAGACUCUGUGACUCUGCGCUGCAGGAACAAGAUGACCUCCUCUGUCUUUAUAACUGACUUCUUUAAAGAUGGCAUCCAAAUUGAGACAGACUUUAAAGAAAACAUGACCAUCCUGAACGUUUCCAGGUCUGAUGAAGGACUGUACAGGUGCAGCAUCUCUGGAUCUGGAGAAUCAGCAGAGAGCAGACUGACUGUCAGAGGUGAGACACAACAAAUACUCUGAGUGAGACACCACCACUGUCCUAACUCAAAAAUACUUUUUCUACUAAAUUCUAUCAUAAAGCUCAGAUCUUUGAAGACCCUCCAUCGCUGCAUGAAGAGAUUCGUCAUCACUCUCCCGUUCUCAUCCUGGUGGUCACUGGGACUGCAGUGGCUCUGCUGUCGCUGGUGUUGGGACUAUUUCUUUUGUUGGUCUGUGUUUCCUCAAAGAAGUCGACAGCAAGAUCACAGUCAGAAACAGGAGUUUCCAGCUUCACAGUGACGCCGGUCACUGACGCUCUCUCAGCAGGAAGAGAGACAACAGACGCAGAACCCUUCUAUUACACAAUCGAUUAGGUAAGAGUCAAAAUACAUGUAUACAUGUGUGCAUGUCUGAAUUAUUGCAAUAAAGAUCACAAAUUAUGUUCCUUUAGACAUGGAUUUACUUGCACUUUACAUGCACUAGACAACACACUGAUGUCAACUGAUACAGUUUAUUAACAACAACAGUCAGUUCUUGUACUUUAAAUCAGACAAGUUGAAAAGUCGACAUUAAUCCCACAGUAAAAAAAUGUGUUUGUUUAUGAAUGAAUUUUGUUUGUGUUUUCCAGAGAGCAGACAGACGUGACUGAAGCACAGACUGUGGUUAAUGUUUGUUGUGUAGCUGCUGUAAAGUCAUAUUUACACUAAUAUCAUACAUUGAUAUGGAAAAUUCUUAUUUGUAUGUUCACACAUCGAGUCCUGUUUGUUUCCUUCAGUGUUCACAUAUUAGACUGUUGAUAUCAUUAGUUUAAGUGUUGUUUGAAUUCAGAUGAAAGAAUAAAACGUGUUUGUGAAAUAGAAUCAGUUUAUGAUGUGUGGGUUCAUGACUAAUGAAUGAGUGUAUAACUGUGUGACUCUCAUCAUCACCAUCCUCAGCCUUCAGCAGUGUGUAUUUGUGAGAGUGUGUGGUUAAUGAGAGUGUGACAGUGGUGUGUGUUCACGUGUGAAGAUGCUGUAGAUCAGAACAGAGCUGCUGCAGGUUUUAAAUACUCUCUGUGGUCACCUGCUGCUGAAAGCUUCACAUGACCUUCACAUUCUGUCACGUUAACAUCUCUCAUUAAUGUCACACUUCAGA